AAGCUGGCAACAUUAACAGUGUCAACCGGAGAGCCGCCAUUUUUAGGAAUUAGUUUUUGGAUGGACGCAAGAAAACGCCGAAAGAAAAUAAACGUGUACUUUAUCAUUAGGAAGUUGAAUUAAUUGUUUAGUGGAAGAAAACAAAAUAAAAUGUCUGGUGGCAGCGGAUCUAACAGAAAUGAGUGCAGAAUAUACGUCGGUAACCUGCCCCCAGACAUAAGGACAAAGGACAUCCAAGACCUCUUCUACAAAUUCGGAAAAGUUACUUUCGUCGACUUGAAAAAUAGGAAAGGACCACCGUUUGCUUUCGUCGAGUUUGAGGACCCAAGAGACGCAGACGACGCGGUCCGAGCGCGGGACGGUUACGACUACGACGGCUACCGGCUGCGCGUGGAGUUCCCGCGCGGCGGUGGCGGUGGCGGCGGCGGUCGCGGCGCCCGCGGCGGCGGCGAGCGCUUCGGGGCCCGGGGCAGCACCCGCGGCCCGCCUGCCAGGCGGUCGGAGUACCGCGUGCUGGUUACUGGCUUGCCACCUUCAGGCUCGUGGCAAGACCUGAAGGACCACAUGCGCGAGGCAGGCGACGUGUGCUUCGCGGACACGUUCAAGGACGGCUCGGGCGUCGUGGAGUUCCUGCGCCACGAGGACAUGAAGUACGCAGUCAAGAAGCUCGACGACUCGCGCUUCCGCAGCCAUGAGGGCGAGGUAUCUUACAUCCGCGUCAAGGAAGACUACGGCGGCGGCGGCGGCGACAGGUUAGCCAAAGACAGGGAUAGGUCGCGCUCGUACUCGCCCCGGCGGCGCGGCUCGCCGACCUACUCGCCCGUGCGGCGCAGCUACUCGCGCUCGCGCUCGCGCAGCCGCGACCACAACUACUAGCCGGUGUAGCGGUACUCCGGGGCUCGCCGCCGUCGCCGCAGCGCCGCCUAGCGUUAAGACUUAGAACUACUUCGUUCCGACUUCGAUGUUGC